ACCUGUCUGUUUCUCACAAUUUCACUCUUUCCUGCUGUACUCCACUCGUGUCGUUCUCAAUUCCCACAUCAAGAACUUUUCACAAAAACAACCGAGAAAACUCCCACAGAUCAACCACCACCAUGAAGAACCUCUCUACUCUCUCCCCACGCCUCCGCGAGAACCAAGCCAAGUCGAUAAGGGUAGUCUUAACCCCACAGCUGUCGAAAGAAGUGAUUGAAGAAUGGAUUGGAGCCUUGGAGGUUAAUGAAUCCCUGACCAACGUCCAAGUCGUCGGUUGUGGUAACUUUGCAUCGCACAAACACUGGAAGUCUCUACUGCUGGCACUGUUGUCGCUUCCUCGAUUGCAGCACUUCCAGUUGCGUGGUCCUUCUCAUCUGCAAGGGGCAGAAGAAGACGUCUGUAUUGUUCCAGUUUCUCUGUUUGCCGAUCUACCCCUCCGCUCGCAAGAGCUGCAGUCCUUGUCGCUGGCUCACCUCGUUCUCGAAGCGCAAGGCCCAAGAGAUUUUCAAGCCAUGUCGCAUUGGCUGCUCAAGGCGCAAAAGGCUCUGCAAAGCUUUCAACUCAUUGGAGUUGGUCUGGAGCAGCAACAGCUACAAGAAGAUGAUAUCAUGGAAGACGAAUCAGCUGCUGCUCAAGAAGACGACAGCCUGACGACCAGUGCCUUGGAACCUCUCUUAACCACCUUGGAGUCCUUCCCACGCCUCGGCAAUCUCGAGAUUAGCGGUACUGUCACGCCACUGGGAGUGGUGGAACAGCUACCCACAGGUCUCUUCCAGUCCAAGAGCUUGCAACGACUCUCCAUUUCCGACUUUAUCUUGUCUCCCACCGCUCUGUCCUCCCUCUUUACAAGCACCACGUCCAUUCCAGAAUUGGCCAUUUCCGGAGAUCUCACACAACAAGUGGCGCCUCGCUUGUCCCGCUUCUUCCAGAACAACCACCAAACAUUGGACGCCAUUGCCCUUCGUCUGGAUUCGCUGCAGGAUGAAAUUGUCAAUCAAGAAGUGAUUCGUGCCAUUGGAAGUUCCUCCCUCAAGGUCGUCAGCUUGUGCAGCUUUUACGGAGGUGCCCUCAGCAUGACGAGCCGCAAGGCCGUGGCCGACAUGCUGCGCAAGAAUUGCAACCUGGAAUAUCUCUAUGUGCCCUGUCCCAACACGGAUACGGUCUUUUGGGAACAAGUCCAGUUGUAUUUGGGAUUAAAUGCGGCUGGACGCAAGCAGAUAUUAUCGCACGACGACGGGCCACUCAAGACAGGGGAAAAGCAAGCAACGACAUGUCGAGCGGAACAACGGCUCGAGCUGGUUCGCUCCGAGAUUCACAAUGUCUUUGAAUUCCUCAAGACGACUACCGGGCCAGGGAAUAUUUCGUCCGAAGCUAAAUCAGUGCCCUCCAAGAAGCUUCCCGCAGUGACACGAGUUACUCUCCAGUCUACCCUCAAGACAUCUUCCCUCAAGUUCAUGGCUGCGUCUUCCUGUACUUCCGGCAAGAAACGCCACGAACAUUUGGUCCACAAGGCGCGCACAGCCAAGAAGCGAAAGCAUCAAAGCUACGUCGCACACAGUGCUGUAGUGCCUACAAAGGGGUUAUCAAGUAUGUUCAUAACACGAUCAUAAUUGUUCUAAUUGUAAUUUGUACGUAAUCAGAGUUACUCUGUCUCC